GGGUUCUACCCUAUGGUCCUUAGAGAGUCUGUCAGUGAGUCUACGGGUUGGUCUACGUGGUGAGGAGUGGGACUGUUCUGUCGUGCACCUGACACCAUGGACGAUUACCCGAUGUAUGGUUUACUUGUUGGGUUCUCCCUCUUGGGGACCCUCUGGCGUCUCCUCUUUCUCCUCGGGUUCUGGCACACAUUCACGUGUAAAGUAGAUACCAGGGGUGGUGCCUCCACCAAGCCCUAUACGAAGGAAGAGGAGGAGAAGAUGGCCGCCAUUUUGAGGGAAAGGAAAGAGAAGAAAGAGGCCAAGAAGAAGGCCCUACAGGAGGUGCAGGCGGCCAAGUUGAAAAAGAUAGAGGAGGAGAUGGCCAGAGAAAAGGAAAGAUUAAAGAAAGAAGAGGAAGAGAAACUAAAGGAGGUGGAAGAGGAAGAGGAGGAAGAUGAACAACCACUGGAAAGGAGGAGAGAGCAACGAGGGAAGUACAGUGGCAGCAAAAAUGAAGAGAUGGAGAAGAGGAUUUUAGAGUGGGUUGCCAACUUAUCUUUGGGAGAAGAGGAGGAAGUAGCCAUGUAUAUCCCCAAGGACGAGCAGGAGGCCGCCAUGAAGGAAUGGGAUGCAGAAAGAGAUGCUUUGCAGCGGCAGGCAAUGGAAGAUGAGAAGAGAAUGGAGUGGAAGUUAAGGAUGAUGAGAGAGAAGAAGAAGAGGGUGGAUGCGGCAAGUGAGGCGGUCAAGGAGUUAGAGGAGGUGCAGAAACUAAGUCUACAGUUGACCCCUCAGGUAGACCUCGAACGAAAGGUAGAAAUCAUUGCCCAAAGUGUCGAGCGCUUGGCCCGAGUACAAGAGGAACAAUAUGAGUUUAGUAGAAGUCAGGACAUGGCUGUGCGCUCGAUGCGAAUGGGAUUUCGAGAUUUUGCCCGCGAACUGGUAGGCGCAGUUGAGGUGAACCAUCGCCUCGAGAAGACCAAACGAUUCUGCGUUGGCGCCAUUGAAGGCGUCAAGGCGACAACUCCCAAGGAGGAAGAGGCACGUCCUCGUAGGGAGCCUGUCAAAGUCAAGUUCCCCGAUUCCUACAGUGGAAAGAGGGAAGAAAACUUUGACAAUUGGUAAACCUAUGUGCACUUGCAGCAGGUCUCCCCAGAUCAGCACGUGUUAAUAGCCAUUUAUGCGCUCAGAGAUGAGGCAGCCAGUUUCGCGA